AAUCUGUAUUUACGUUUUUCGGUGUUAGGAAGGUUUCGUUAAUUGUGUUUGGAGUUAGACGAAUUAAAUUAAGAACUUACGAGUUUUCAAAUCAAUCUAAAUAAUAAUUGUGUGUUGCGUAAUGCUAUAAAAAAUUAGCGGAUAUACGGCACAUUUUAUGUGCCACACUUUUGGGCUUUUCAGAUAAAGCAUGUUUAUGUUUUGAAUUCAUUAUCAUGCCCUGAUAAAAAAUAUUCUAUAUUUUCAUGAAAUGAUAAAGAUUUUUAAAAUCUACAAUGGUUUUUGAGUCUAUAGUUGUAGAUGUAUUGAACAGGUUUCUUGGGGACUACGUCGAAAAUUUAAACAGAUCCCAACUAAAGCUCGGGAUUUGGGGCGGUGACGUAGUACUAGAAAAUCUGAUUUUAAAACAAAAUGCGUUGGAAGAACUCAACAUACCUGUUCAAACUGUUUAUGGCCACUUAGGAAAGCUUGUACUGAAAAUACCUUGGAAAAAUCUUUAUGGUGCAUCUGUAGAAGCGACAAUAGAAAGAUUGUUUCUUAUUGUCAAUCCCACUGCUGAGGUUAAAUAUGACCCUGAAAAAGAAGAAAAAAUGGCACUGGCUGCCAAACAGGCAGAGCUUGCUCGUGUUGAAGAAGCUAAGAAGAAGGAGGCAGAAAAAGAUGACAAACUGGACGAAACAUUUGUUGAAAAAUUGGUAACGCAAAUUAUCAAGAAUGUCCAGCUUAAAAUAAGCGAUAUACAUGUUAGAUAUGAGGACAGCAUAACAAAUCCUAAGGCACCCUUCUCGUUUGGGGUAACCCUUCACAAUCUGUCUGUACACACCACAGACGAGAACUGGAAGCAAACUGUUAUACAAGAAGCUGUUACAAAGAUUUUUAAAAUUUUAAACUUAGAAGGUUUAGCUGUUUACUGGAAUCCUGCCACGGAAUUGUAUUCAAAGUCCGAUGCUGACAAUAUUAAAAAGAGACUUCAGGGCGAGAUUGCUACGAAAUCCGUAAAACCAUCGUUUUAUAAAUAUGCAUUGGGACCAAUAAAUGCAACAGCAAAAUUGAAAUUGAAUCCAAAACCGGAAGGAGAUACAGUUAAGUUUAGUAUACCAAAGGUGAUUCUUAGUCUGCAUAUGGAACAAUUAUUUGUUAGUCUUACAAAAUCUCAAUACCAAGAUAUGAUGCUAUUAGCAGAUUCUAUGGACAGAAUGACUAAAGGAGCACCCUACAGAAAAUACCGCCCUGAUUUGAAAAUAUACAGGGGGCAUUAUAAAGCGUGGUGGCAUUUCGCUUUUAAAUGUAUAUUAGAAGAAGAGGUGAAAAGAAGGCGCAGAAAUUGGGAUUGGAACCAUAUGUUGUCUCAUAGACAAUUAUGUAAAGAUUACGCGUCCGCUUACCAAUGUCAACUUAGCAACAAGGGCAAAAUUUCCACAGAAAACAAAUGUGUGCUAGACAAGGCAGAGAAAACUUUGGAUCUGUUGAACUUGGUUGUCAUCCGACAGAGAAUAGAAAUGGAGGUGGAGAGGCUAGGUAAAUUGGAGGAAGAGGCGAAAAAAUCUCGCGGUUGGUUCAGUGGCUGGUGGUCUGGUGCCUCGUCCAAAGACGACGAGCUCUCUGAGGGUGUUGCUAUCAUGAAACAAUUCGAGAAAGCAAUGACACAAGAUGAAAAGGAGAAACUUUUCCGUGCAAUCGACUACCAAGAGAACACUGCUCCGCUACAUCUACCCACGGAAUACGUUGCGGUGGAGGGAUACUUCCGUCUCGACAAGUUGCAAGUCUCCGUGAACGAUCAAGUCGAAGUGUUGCGAGCUUGUGUUGAGAAUGUGGAAGUUGAUUUGAAGCAACGGCCCAGUGCUAACGCUUUGAGGGUGGAUGUUCAAAUGCGUGCCUUCACGGUGACUGGAAAAUGUCAAGGCGAUCUCGAACCUCAACUGGUGACUUCGAAGGAAGUAUCAAAAGACAUUAAUCUUUUAAAUGUUCUAUUCGAAACAAAUCCUCUAGAUGGCGCAUGUGAUCAGCGUGUCAAAGUACAAGCUCGGCCGCUUCAAAUAAUAUACGAUGCGCAAACUGUCAUCGAAAUUGUCAAAUUGUUUAAGCCACCUACGGAGUCCUCUGCUUUGACUACUUUGCAAGCUGCUGCAGAGAAUAAGCUGUCAGAUUUGAAAGAAAAAUCCGCACUGGGUAUGCAGUACGCAGUUCACCACCAUACGUUUAUUGAAUUGGAUAUCGAUAUUGCAGCCUCUUAUAUAAUUAUUCCGCAAACUGGAAUUUACAAGGGCGAGGAAGCGUGUGCGGUAGUGAAGUUGGGCGCAAUCAGCGUGAAAUCCGCGCCUCGCGCUGCGCCGCUAGACGUUCACGCCUUGCACCGCCAAGGGUUGCCCGACCAGGACAUACUCUCGGAAAUCGCCAAGCAUAGUUACGACCGUAUGGCGCUGCGACUCACGGAGAUGCAGAUUGUUAUCGCUUCUCCAAAAGAAGAUUGGCAUUCUGCCAUAGCGUCUAAUGUAGCGACACCUUUACAUUUAUUGCAACCUACAAACCUCGUCAUUCAAAUUCACAAAUGCCUAAUCACCGACGAUCCGAGGCUACCAAAAAUUAAGAUUAUGGGUGAAUUGCAGAAAAUUGCAGUCAGUGUAUCGGAGGAUAGAUUACUUACUUUAUGUGAAAUAUUAGUCAGCAUGCCUUUACCACAAUCAGAAGAAGCAACCCAGUUAAAGGCAAGUGAUUCAAAGGGCUCUAGUCUUUCUCUUUUGAAAUACUUAGACCCAGUGGAAAAACAAAAGAGGGACACAGCACGAUCUAAACACAGAAAAGAGAAUGAACACACUGUUCAAUUGACCGAGGUGGAAGCGUUCUUUAUUAUGAAAGAACUGGUAAUAAGCGUCAAUAGAAAAACAUUACAAACAACAAAAGAGUACGAUAAGUUUCUGGUGUUUUCGCUAAAUCUCCUAGAGAUAAAGGCUACGCAGAAAACGUUUACUCUCGAAGUGACUGUUAGGCUCGGUUCCGUUGACAUGCAACACCACAGAGCGGGGCAAAAGAUCAUCAGUAUGAUCGUAACACCAGAGCUGACGACAGAGGUUGAUGCUACUGAUAAAAUGUUGACAACAGGCACUGUAGUCAACCAGUAUUUGUUCGCUGUCACCUAUAGCAAUGUUGAUAAAAAAUGUCCUGAAUUCCGAAGUCACUUUGGGUCAGUAGAACAAAUGAUCGAGCUUGAUUUUACCAGACUUAAAGUUUUGCUUCAUCUUCAAGGUCUUCAGGAAAUUUUAGUGGUUAUCAAUGAAUAUCAGACGAGAUUACAAGCAAUUCAGAGUACAGUUGAUCGCUACGCGAAUGCUGGACCAUUGGAAACAAUUGCAGAAGAUGAAGAGUUCUCUGUAGCCAAAUCUAAAGCGAGUAUAGCAAAACCCUCGCGUCGUAAGCAAGUCGAGAGUAUCCAGCUUAAAGUUAACGUAAAAAUCGGAGCUGUUGAAAUUGAAUUCGCAACGGACAUCAGGCCGCUGUCUAUAGUGAAACUUCAGGGAGCCGCCGCGGGGCUAAUACUCAAGAGUUCUUACACACAAGUCGAUUGUACGAUUGCCUCUAUCAAGGUGGAAGAUUUGAAUCCUGUUACGGUUCACAAAGAGAUAUUAAAAGUGCUUGGCGGUGACGUUAUAAAUGUCCAGAUAGUGAUGUACAACUUAGACCAGUACCCAACUGCCAGUGAUGUCAACAUGUCCAUAGAUGCUCAAAUAAACUGCCUUCGUAUAGUCUUUCUCAACUGGUUCGUCUCUUCAAUGCUUGAAUUCUUAAACAAUUUCCAAACUGCACAAGAGGCUAUCAUUGAAGCUUCAUCUCAAGCAGCGGACGCAGCGAGAGCUAACGUACAGAAUGCGUAUCAGAACUCCACAAAACUAGCACUUCGCGUGCGCCUUGCCGCGCCUAUCAUCAUCGUGCCGGAGAACUCGAGCAGUCUCAAUGCCGUCCUAGUUGAUCUGGGUCGGAUGAACCUUAAUAACAAGUUCGUCGAUGUUCCUGCGAUCGAUGUUGAUAACAAAGUAACAGUAGACGAACUAAUGCUCGAAUUAGAGGAUAUGAAGGUUUCCUGUGUAAUGCUAAAAGACGACGACGAAGGCGUUGUACAUGAACGUAAAUUAUUGCGCCCGACUAGCUUCAAGCUUUUCGUCAAGAGAAGUCUUUCCUCCUGGUACGAAAGUCUACCUGACUUGGACAUAUCGGGAAGGAUGAAAACUAUUGCUAUUACUGUGGGGCACAGCGAUUACAAGAGUAUUAUGAAAAUUCUUAAUCAAAACCUCCAAGAAGGGCAAACCAAAACAGAAGAAGCUAAAUCACAGCCUAGUGCCUCCAAAGCGACUUCUAAAAUUACAGUAAAGAGUCAAACGAGCAGAAUUCAAGCAAAAUCAACUGUGACAAUGGUGACGCCGUCGAAGGAGCAAGCUAAAAUGCCACGAACAACGAUAAAGUUCGCAUUUACUAUGGACAGUUUCGUCAUCGACCUCAUGAAUACUGGCUCUGACGAUUCAAUGCUAGUAAAAGACAUGGAUUUGGCCCGUUUCUGUCUAGCGUUAUUAUCAGUAAAGGGUCGAAUGUUCUCUGAUGGUUCCAUGAACACUUCAGUCUUACUGGUUGACUGUACUCUUGAUGACACAAGGCCAGGUAGAGGAGCUAAAAUUACGAGGUAUUUAGAAAGGCGGCGCGAGAAUCAAGAUUCAAAACGUUCCGUGUCAGAUGAAACAGUUGCGAACAUAACGGAGACACAUGAAAAAAUACGGAGCAUGAUCGACAUUACUUACACUAUGAAAAAUGGUGAUACUUUUGUGGAUAUGAGGAUAUUUAGUUUCAAUCUAAUACUUGCUAUGGAUUUCCUGAACAAAAUUGCCGAGUUUAUGACAACUGGUUUAAGUGACGCAACGCCAGAAUCUAUUCCCAAAGAAGACAUUAAAGCUAUAAAGUUGCAGGCUGAAAAAUCUGCAGAUAGCAUGAACAGAAAAAAGGUGUCGGUGGUAUCGGCGCCCGUAAUGACGGAACAGAAGGUAGCAAUGAUGACUGUUAAUAUAAAAAUCGAGCAGCCCGACAUCAUACUUGUGGAAUCACUAGAGCAGAGGGAGUGUGACGCUCUUGUUCUAAAUAUGGAGAUGCGGCUAAAGCUCCGCAAAACGGAGGAGCGUAUGGUAGCGGACGGGGCGGUGUCCGGUAUGCAGGUGACGGUACGGCGGCUCGGGGCGCAAACCUCGCCCGCCGCGCCGCGCUUCCUGCUCGCGCCCGCACAUCUCUCGCUCGCACUCUCGCAGCCACCCGGGCAGGGCAUGCACUUGGAUAUCGCUCUUACGGACAUCAAAAUUACGGUGUCGCCGGAAAUACUUGCGCUAUUGAAUCGCGUACUAGCGACAGUGACAAGCCGCGAGGAGGAUUCCGUUGAGCAAGAGAAUCAAACAAUAUUCUACAAACGCCUUUGGGAUAUACAACCUUUUAAACCCACCUCGUAUUGGUUUUUGAAGACAGAGGUAGCUGAAGAAGCUAUCGAUUUAGAGGAAAGUACAAGUCAAGAAGUCGUUAUACCACCAGUAGGAGAGAUAUGCCUUAUGUCGAGUCCAUCUAUUGUGUUGGCCUUAGAAAUGGAGAUAGGUAACGAAACAAUUCCAGUACUCGUGAUGCAGGCGUCGUUGUCGGGUCAAGCUAAAGACUGGAGUUCCGAUUUCUAUAUGGAAUCCACAUGGGCAAUGCAAGUAUCGUACUACAACAUCGGUCGAGCCAUGUGGGAACCUCUAAUAGAGCCUGUAGAGAUCCUAAAGGACUCACAGUAUAAACACAUACCGUGGGAGCUAAGAAUGGAAGUGGUAAUGCGUCCACAAGAGAAUAUGCCAUCUAUCGACACAUCGGAUGAUGCGGCUAACAUUCAAGCGGUGGCCCAGCGACUUGCUAGUAAGACCAUUACAGUCUCUAGCAGUGAGCUUUUGGAGAUCACAAUUACUCGAAGUGGGAUGGAGGUAUUGAGUCAGUUGGGCAACUCUUUCGCGGCCGCUGUGGGAGAUACUGAAACUUCAGUCGUAUCAAAAUCGAAAAUCGACGAUAGUAAAUCUGACAAAAAAUAUCUGGGUGCUCCGUAUGUACUUCACAACUGUACUGGGCUUACGGCUAAACUUUCGUUAGUAAAUAACAAUGAUUUCUCCGUGUUUAUGGCUGGCAACGUUAACUCCGAUUUCAGAGAAGUCUUACUAGAGCCUGGUGCUUCUGUUCCUUUGCAAUUAAAACACGGUGGACUUAACGUUAUGAAGCUGAAUGAACCUCCACCACCCCUAAAACUAAAUGUCAAGAUAAUGGAGAUGGAUGAAGAGAUUCAGAUACCCGUAGAGCGUGCCGACAAGCGUUACUUCCCGAUAGGACGCCGCAUGACGAGUGAAAUGCGUUCCAAAAACAUUUCGCACGCCGCCGCCGUGGAGGCGCGGGGCCUUAUAUCCGAUGUGGUCAUGCACGAUGCAGCGUUGCACAUUUACCUUAGAAGUAUUGUUCAGGUCACAAACACGCUUUCGGUGGCAGUGUCUGUAUACUUCAUGACGCUGAGCGGCAAUGAGGUGCGACUACUGGGCGAAGUAGCGCCGGGAGACACGCUGCGAUUACCGUUGCAAGCUGUGCACACUCCCACUGCGGAGAUAUUCUUCUCUGUCGAAGGUUUCACAGUGUCGGUGUCUCCAUUUGUGUGGCGUGAACUACAACAAGAAGUGAAAUUGUCGAAAUUGCUGCAAUGUGACUCUAAGGACAAAAAUAGUGGCGAGAAGUUCUAUUUAAGGGCUGUAGGUACAAUGGAGCAAGUUUUCUUUGAGCACUCGAACCGGCACACGUUCGCAUCGUCCUGCUACGACAUCGUACUCAAGCCGGCUGUAAAGCUGCAGAACUGCUUGCCGGUACCAGUGAUCGUGUCCCAGCUGGGCCUACGACGGACGCAGCUCUUCGAGCCGGGCGAGAUGUUCCAUCUGUCGCAUCUCGCGCCCAACAGAGCGUCCAUUGUCAUCAUGAUCCAGAACUACCUAGACAAAUGCUGGGUAUGCACCAAAAAUCUGCCAGAUGAACUCGAAGAAUUGUCAGUUUGGUCUUUCGAGUCUCAUGACAGUCCCUCCGUGAUGACGUUGGAAUUGGGUUUGCAUAGUGCUGACAUGGAGGGCACCCAGUUGUUAUCCCUUUACUGUCCCUUCUGGAUGCUUAACAAGACCGGCUUUACGCUAUGCUAUAGGAAAUCAAAGAAACCAGAAAAAGAUUCCAGUACUCCCAACAAGAUAAAACAUUCUCGUUGCAGUAGAUUUAUUAGUCGCCAUACUUCGUGUUUGCCGAAUGUUGAUGAAACUGGCAAUGUUAUCUUUCACCCAAAAGACUACAAAGAACCGAUACUAUUCUCCUUCCGUGCGAAGAAUUUCUUUGGUAAGAAGAAGGCUGCGAUCAGAGUAGAAUUUGGAGAAUGGUCGGACAAGUUCUCUUUGGACGUACCUGGCAGUUCUGGAGUCGUCAUAUGCAAGAAUGAGGGCAGAAGUUAUCAGGUGGCAGUGACGAAUCAACUGACAUUCAACAGUUUGACGAAGAUGGUUAUAUUUACGCCAUUCUUUUUGAUCAUUAAUGAAUGCCCAUUCCCAAUUCAAUACCAGGAGCUUCACAGAUCAGGAGAUCCUUGGGGAGAGGUGAAGCAAAAUUCGAGCGCACCUCUGUGGCCCAUGGUCGAAAAAGAAGAUAAAUUACUGUUGUUAAGAGUGGCCUGCUCCACCCAAAUCGCUGCACCAUUUCUCUACACUGAGCAACAUAGUGUUUGUCUGAAGCUUGAUAACGAAUAUGGUGGUUUGCACGUUGAGGUACAACUGAGUGAAGGUGGUACUUACGUGACGGUACGACAAUAUAGAGAUGGGCAUGCACCUGCGCUUUUAGUAAACUACACUCCGCACGGCAUCAACGUUUACGAGAAAGAAAACGUUAACGUCCGGAAGUUACCGUCUAUGAACCAAAUGUUGUACACUUGGGACAACCCUGCCGGCCCACGGAUUCUUUUGUUUGAGGGGCAUAAACGAAAGGAAAUCGAGAAUGAUCUGAGAAAAGAUGGCAUCGGAGAUUUUAUGAUUAACGAAUCACAACGAAUAUGGUGGGUGUCCUUCUUGGACGGACUUCAGAGAGUGAUCCUUUUCACGGAUGAUCCAAUUCUAGCUAGUGGAGCGCAUACUAUCGGCGAGGCAGAACCUGUUCAUACUGAGUUUGUUCUGGCUAUGCACGGCCUUGGGCUUUCGCUUGUUAACGACCCCGAACUCACAGAGAUUCUCUACGUCAGCAUAUCUAAUUCUGGUAUAAUAUGGGAGCAGUGCAAAAUUGGUUCCCGUCGGUACAAGAAAAUCGAAGGGGUAAAAGCAAUACAGAUCGAGGAAGCAUAUCAAAAAUAUCUAGCUGAGAAAAUGGUUUCCGACAGUGGCAGUGAGGUUCCGCCACGCGUAAAAAUAGAUGAUAAGACCGAGGUAGAUUUCGCUAUGAUGAGCAUAAUCCGGCCGUACGAGCGCCUGGUCCGACGCACGCACUCUCCGGGCGUGUGGGCGGUGCUGGGGCUGACGGCGCACUCGCGGCGCCUUCACGCGCGCUUGCACCGCCUGCAGGUGGACCAGCAAUUGCCACUGCCCACUUUCCCCGUGAUGCUAGCGCCCGUGCCGCCGCCCAAGUCCGUAGCCAACGACGACCCUGCGGGUACAAAGCCGUUCAUUGAGGUGUCCAUAGUUGAGCGUAUAAUGGAACAUAGCAAAGUGCGGCAGUACAAAUACUACAAGGUGCUGAUCCAAGAGUUCCACGUGAAGGUGGACAUGGGACUUAUCAACGCCCUGAUGGGCAUGUUCCCGCAGAAGAUACCCACCGAGCAAGAGGCUUUGGAUGCUUUCGAAGUUGAUAUCGAAAAAGCAAGACAGCCGCUAGAAGCGUUAGCAGCUAUGGGUGCUGCGUCCGAUAUGAAAAACUUCUAUGAUAAUUUACAUUUAUCACCACUCAAGGUUCACGUGUCAUUUUCACUGGGUGGAGCGACGCAACUACCAACUUUCGUAGGCACUGUCCUGCAAAGUAUAGGCGUUACAUUGACUGAUAUGAACGAUGUUGUAUUCAAGCUGUCAUACUACGAAAGGAACUACGAGUUUCUGUCACAAAAGGAAUUAAUAGGUCAAGUGCAGAGUCACUACACAGGACAGGCGUUGAAACAGCUUUAUGUGCUUGUGCUCGGUCUCGACGUGAUCGGUAACCCAUAUGGAUUGGUUAUUGGGUUGAAAAAGGGUGUAGAAGAUCUCUUUUACGAACCAUUCCAGGGGGCGAUUCAAGGGCCCGGCGAGUUCGCGGAAGGUUUGAUGCUGGGCGUUCGCUCAUUGGUGGGGCACACAGUGGGUGGAGCGGCGGGUGCGGUUUCACGCAUUACAGGUGCCAUGGGACAUGGGCUGGCUGCGCUAUCGCUAGACAAGGACUACCAGCGACGCCGUCGAGAUAACAUCAACAAGCCACCGGCUAACUUACAAGAAGGGCUAGCUAGAAGUGGAAAGGGGCUCGUAAUGGGUGUGGUGGAUGGAGUGACAGGUGUUUUCACAAAGCCUAUUGAGGGCGCUCGGGAGCAGGGCGUGGAGGGGUUCUUUAAGGGUCUGGGAGUUGGCGCCGUUGGCCUCGUGGCCCGACCAACUGCAGGCGUCGUUGAUUUCGCGUCUGGUUCAUUUGAUGCUGUCAAAAGGGCGGCUGACAUGUCUGAAGAGGUAACGAAGCGCAGAGCGGCCCGCUACCUGGCACCAGACGCUGGCGUGCGACCCUAUUCCAGGCUGCAAGCUGAAGGAUACAAGAUGCUGUCCGAACUUGAAAAGGGUAAAUUCGUCAGCACUGACACGUACGAGGCCCACGUGUGGGUCAUCCCAGCUAAAGAGGUUGUAAUGUGCACAGAUAAAAGAUUGCUUUACCUCGAGAAGAAUAAUGUUUUCGGUGGAUGGCAGAUCGUGUGGACGUAUCUAUGGUCGGAGAUACCCGAUGUACCGACGGCAGUUGCGAAAGGCGUCUACAUACCGACAGCUAAGAGGAAGGUACUGGGCAUGUUCCCAAGCUCGGGCUCUGGCAAAGUUAUAUUCUUAUAUGACGAGCAACAGAAGAAGUUCCUCCUCGCCCAGUGUGAGCGUCUCAUGCGACCACGUUGACAUGAGCCUGUAGAAAGAAUGACCCCAGUCGAAUGGCUGGGGGAGUUCUUUCUACUUAUAUUUGAUUCUCGCACCGCGUUGCUUACUUUAGCCUAUCACUUUAACAUGCACCACUUCAAUCCGAAAGGUUUUCGCUGAA